ACUGAUCAGUUUGUAGGCAGACAAAUAAUAGGGUACCCCAUUCGAUAGCUAGAAAUACCCUCUUUUUGUCUAUGCUUGCUUUGACCAGUUUUGAUUUUUGCGCUUGGCUUCGAUCGGAAUUCUAAACGUUAUAUGUCACACCCGUACCCAUAAUUUUAGGGAAUUCCUAAAUUACCCCUAUCAGUUAUUAAACCUAAACGAAUAUAAUUGUUGACCCUAACCUAAAUUCAAAGGGGAGCCGCACAAAACCUAGUAGGAGGGAGCCGCAAAUUAAAACCCCAUUCUUUUCCUCCGCACAAGACCCAGCCACCAUCCCGUGAGCUCCCGCCGACCAGAACACAUCACCACCGUCGAACCUCCUCAUCCCUUCGGCCAAGACACCACCACCGGGAGAAGCGACCGGCUAAUGGAAGAAGCGGCUAGCUAACCAGAACGAAGGAUCGCACGAUCUCUCCCGCCGCGAGCCACUGCCAAAUCCCACAGCUCUGAUCCGUUCUUGGAGCUCUAAUAGCAACGACAAGGUUGCAGAGGACGCAAACGACCAUCUCAGGAAGUCGCGUAUUAGAGGUAAUGGAUUUGUCCUCGUCCAUUUUAUUGUAGUCUCGGUGAUAAUUGGAGACGGUGGUACUUGCAGUAGGUCAUUAUUUGAAGGGAAGAGCUACGAAUGGUUAUAUAUAUAUAUGGAUGAGUGCAAUGGAAAUAUAUUAUGAUGGAUUAGUAACUAAGUUUAGUUAAGUGGAUGAUAUGCAUGGUGGUUUAAUUAUAUUAAGGGGAUGAAUUAAUGAAAUCGAAAAUGGAUUAUUGAUGUAAAGCUAGUAUACGUGUAUAUAAUCAGGUGAGUUGAACGUGUUCUAUCCCGAGGGGAAAGGUAAAGGAAGAAGGAAAACGGUGCAUGGACACGUACAAGAUAUAAAUUGAUAAUAGACUUGAAAUUAAGGUGCGUGGUUAAAGGAGUAGAGUAGUUUUCGUUAUCAUGCAUUUCAAUUCUUGCUUUAUGUUUCUGUUAUUGUUUAUAUUUGGUCAUUCCUUAUAUGCUUUCUUAUUAAGUUAAUUUAUUUACGUUCAGUCUUUACUUUAAGUAUGCAUAGCAUCAUGAAGUAUAAGUAAACUACGUUAUGAGUCAAGAAAAUACACGUUCAAUUAUAAGUUAAUUAAGUGCAAGUUAAUAAGCUUGUAUCUUCCCAUUGUGCGGGAGAUCAUCUAUGUAAGCUCGACUUCUCAAGUCAAGUAAGCAAGUACAAGAUUAACUAUGUCUCUCCAUCGUGUGAGAGGUUGUUUCAAGCAAGCACGUACAAGAUAUCAAGUUAACAAGUAAGAAUAAGACCCUCUCUUAACUAGUCGCACACGGUCACCUUACUCAUUGUAGAUGAGGAGCACCUUGUAGAUGAGGGGUCAUGAUAUGUAUGUCACGAUCGGUGUCGGACGCGGUCACCACUAAUCCCUGUAGAUGGGGAGGUAUGCUAUGUUACUCCUUGUAGAUGAGGAGGUUAUGUUCAUGAUACGUUGGUGCCGGACGGAUGUGCUAGUUAGGUCGAGGGCGGGAUACUAUUUCAAGUUAAGAAAGUAGAAAGUAUUAUACGCAAGAAUAUGUUAACAAUAAUACACUUCUACUAAUGUACCCAAUAACGUACCAUAAGCAUUGCAUGUGCAUCUCGAUUUAUGUAUGAUAACGAAAUUAGGACUAGGACUGACCCCAUCGCCCGCACUCAGGAGCUGCAAGGAAACUGAAGUAAUCGAUCACUCGUCAGGAGGAAGCUGCUGCUCAAAAUGUCAUCUUCACAAGGGUUAGUGAUAACAAAAGUUUUCAAGUAAACCCUUUGCACUCACGUACUUUUAUUAGUAGGCUUGAGACUGAUGCUCAUUUAUGAUUUGUUAAGAGGAAUUUCCUAUAGUGACUUGAAAUUAUUUAUGUUGUUCUUUUCAUUUCGAGUUAUUUUGAUUACUCAAGGGUAUUCUGGUAAAAGUAGUGCUCGGCCGAGUUAGGGUGUUACAUUUUGGUAUCAGAGCCGGUCUCCCUCUGUCUUCACUUUGUAAGUGAGAUACUGGGAAUUCGGUCUCCAUGUUUCCUACGAGUAUUAAAGGUUUUAAGAAGUUUUCAAGCAAUUUUUCAAGAAAACCGAAAAAUCGUUUUAGAGCAUCCAGUCUCAUCUACUAACAAGUGCAAUGUUUCCAAGGUUUUGACACAAUGUCAUUGUACUUAUGUAGGAGUAUGAAUAGCGAGAGCUCUCAUCAGGGUGAUGGUCGGCGGCCGUCCACAAACUAUACCCUGCUUAGGAAAAUGGGGGUGGUUGACUUCGAGGGCUCCUCUGACCCCGACAUGGUCGAUGCAUGGCUGUUGAAGCUCACUCAAACUUUGGAUGAGCUUCGUAUUGAUAAUGAUGAGGAUAGGAUCGCCAUGGCUGUCCAUGUGCUUCGGGCCUAGGGAACUGCUAGGGAUUGGUGGCAUCUCAAGCCGGAGAGUGAAAUGGUACCUCUUGAGAUCACCUGGAACCAGUUUGUGAAGAUGUUCCUCGAUGAGUACAUCCCCCAAGCAGUCCGGGACGAUAAGAGGGAGGAUUUCAUGAAAUUGGAGCAGCAGUGGGGGCAGAGUGUCACAUAAUACACAGAGCUAUUCAAGAGGGAGGAUUUCAAUAUUUAUUAUUAUUCAUUGCACACAAGCACUACAUGAUUAAUCUCAAAGCAUACUUUGCAACAUUGAAAACCUUAAGUAAUUGUCUAAUUGUGUGUAUAAUAUAAAGUUGUUAUUGAU